AUGACCAGUAGCAUCUUCAACGACAUCCUACGGAAGUUCGACCAGUCGCUUCAAGCAGAAAACAAGCGUGCUCCGCUACUUGCGGACAACGCUGGUAGGCUGCAACCUCUGGAUGCUGGCAUCAUUCGAGCAGCGAAAGCAUCUUACAGAACUGAACUUGUUCGCCACUACCUCGCCUGUGCCGAAGACAAAAAGCCGCAGACUGUUGAUCUCCGUUGGAGUCUACUUGCCAUCGCGCGAUCGUGGGACAAGGUGAACUGUAAUAUUAUUAAGAACUGUUGGUGGUACACUGGGAUUCUCCCUCAAGCCAUGGAACCUGACGAUGAGGAUCCCCUUGAUGCCAUUCCACUUGCACAGCUCAAGAGCCUGCAGGCCAAAGGCAGUUUUCCGAGUAGCGAUUGUGCAGCUCAAGCAUAUCUUGGUGUCGACAGCACUGAAGACGUCGCAAAAGUAGUUUCUGAUGAUAAUAUUUUGGAGCUUGUCACUCCUACAGAUGAAACAAAUGGGGCUGCUCGGCCGGAUGAAGACUCCGAAGAGGUAUGUGAAACGCUACUCGUUGAUGCGAAGGACUCCGGUGAAGCGAGGGAUUUGAAGUGCUUAUGCAAGAAUUCAUUGCCUAAUUAA